AUGGGAAGAAAGAAGUCAAGCACCCGUGACGAUGACGGUGCCACCACAACUCAGGGCGGCGGAGGAAAGUCAAAGAAGAAAACUUUGGUGAUUGAUGACGAUGAAUAUUUUAUGGAAGAGCCUGUUGCUGUUCUGGAAGAGGAAGUAGCAGCACCAGUGGUUAAUAGAAAGGGUAAAAAGGGAAAUUUAAAGAAAAUAGAAACCAAGGAUGAUGACGAUGAGGUUGAGGAGACAAAGGAUGAAGAUGAUGACAACGAGACUCCGACUUUAAAGUUUGCAGGUAAAAAGAAAGGAAAGGCCAAGAAAGGAGGAACUAAUAAUGCAUUUAGUGCUUCAAGUUUUGGCUUACUUGGAGAAGGAGAGGAUGAGGAUAAUGAAGAUUUAGGUUUGACAAAGGAGAGUGAAGAAGAAGGGGACAGUGUCAUGGCUUUCACUGGGAAAAAAAAGCCUUCAAAACCAAAAAAGGGUAGUGGUGUCAGUGGAAGCAUGUUUAGCCAAUCUGUGUUUGGCUCAGUUGUUGAUAAAGAGGAUGAAGGUGGGGAAGCUGAUGAUAAUGAGGAUGAGCCAGUGAUCUCAUUUUCCGGGAAGAAGAAACCUGCAAAAAGUAAGAAGAAUGAUGUCUCCGCUGCUAGUUUCGAUGAGUUGGAGAGAUUUGAAGAGGAGGAUAAGGAUGCUAUGACAAUUACUUUUGCUGAGGAGGAUAAGGAUGCUAUGACAAUUACUUUUGCUGGUAAGAAGAAGUCGUCCAAGGGUUUGAAAAAGAGUGUGGGAAAUUCAUUUGGGGCAGCUUUGCUUGAUGAUCAAAUUGACAAGGAUACUUCUGUUUCAAAGUCGGAUGAUAAUUUGGUAGAAGGUGAUACUGUUGAUGAGGAGGAAGAUGUCUCUGUGAUUAAAUUUUCUGGUAAGAAGAAGUCAUCUAAGAAGAAGAAUAACAGUACAUAUACAGCGUUGGAAACUGGGGUAGGAGAUGAGUUUUCAGAAAUCAUAGAACCUGAUCAGCGCAGUGUGAGCAUCAGUAGCAAAGAAGCAGAGGACUCAAAUGGUAAGCAGCAGAUAAUUGAAGUUGCGACAGAAACUUCAAAGAAUAAAAAGAAGAAAAAGAAGGGUGGAAGAACUGCUCAAGAAGAGGAAGACCUUGACAAGAUUCUGGCAGAGCUUGGUGAAAUACCCCCCGUGUCUAACCCUUCUCCCAAUCCGCCUGUGGUGUCGUCUGGUGAAAAGGAAGCCGAUGAGGAAGGGCCUGUAGAGAUAUUAUGGAAAGGGCCUGUAGAGUCUGCAGCUGCGAAAAAGAAGAAAAAGAAGAAGGAAAAAGAAAAAGAGAAAAAGGCAGCUGCCUCUGUGGCAGAUGCCGCUGCAGUGGAAGAAAAGAAGGAUGAAACAAAGGGUAAAGCACUUGAUAAGAAAGUUCCAAAGCACGUAAGGGAGAUGCAAGAGAGACUUGCAAAACAGAAGGAAGCUCUAGAGAGAAAGAAGAGGGAAGAAGAAGAGAAAUUGAGGAAGGAAGAGGAGGAACGCCGUCAACAGGAAGAGCUGGAAAGGUUAGCUGAAGAGAAAAGGCGCUUAAAGAAAGAAAGGGAAAAGGAGAAACUUUUGAAGAAAAAACAAGAGGGGAAACUAUUAACUGGGAAGCAAAAGGAAGAAGCUCGUAGGUUGGAGGCAAUGAGGAAGCAAAUUCUUGCUAAUGCAAGUUUGCAGUUACCUGCUGGCGACACUGCUGGUGCACAAGCUAAGCGGCCAUUGUAUCAGAAGAAAAAGUCAAAGCCACAAGCUCAGGGAAAUGGAACAAUCCCUGGAGAGGGUGUUGAAUUUUUAGAAACAAAAGAAAUCCAUCGGGAAAAUCUAGGUAAAGAACUUGUGGAAGAAACUGAGAAGGUUGAGGAAGUGGAAUCUGAAUUAGCUGAGAAGUUUGAGGAAUUGAAUUUAAUGAAUAUGGAGGAGAAAGGUGAAGUUACUUAUGUUGUAAUGAAUGGAGUUGAUGAAGACGACGACGACGAAGCAUGGGAUGAUAAGAGUUGGGAUGAUGCCGAUCUUAAGUUGCCAGGUGAAAAUACAUUUGCUGAUGAAGAGUUUGACUCAGAGCCUGAACUUCUGGGUAUGAAAGAGAUAAAAAGUUCGCGACCUGCGACUAAUGAUGCUGGGCUGCCUCCUGCAGCAGCCAAGCCAGUGUAUAGAACGCAAAAAGCCACCUCAGUUCUGCCACAUAAAUCUCAGAAUGUGGAAAAUAAGAAAGAUGAUCCUGAAACUGAGGGUAUAGACAAGAACAAAAGAGGAGUUAUUAAGAAGGAAACAAAAUCAGAUGUCCCAAGCCUGAGUGAAAAAAGUCUUCGGUCGCCUAUAUGCUGCAUAAUGGGGCAUGUCGACACUGGUAAAACAAAGCUGCUUGAUUGUAUAAGAGGUACUAAUGUCCAAGAAGGUGAGGCUGGCGGUAUUACCCAGCAAAUUGGAGCAACAUAUUUUCCUGCUGAGAAUAUUCGAGAGAGAACAAAGGAAUUGAAAGCUGAUGCGAAGCUGAAUGUUCCAGGACUAUUAGUAAUUGAUACUCCAGGACAUGAGUCCUUUACUAAUCUGCGUUCUCGGGGUUCAGGAUUAUGUGAUAUUGCAAUUUUGGUUGUUGACAUAAUGCAUGGUUUGGAACCACAGACUAUUGAGUCACUGAAUCUUCUGAAGAUGAGAAAUACAGAAUUUAUAGUGGCCUUGAAUAAAGUUGAUAGACUGUAUGGGUGGAAAACUUGUCGCAAUGCGCCAAUUGUUAAGGCAAUGAAGCAACAGUCGAAAGAUGUACAAAUCGAAUUCAAUAUGAGGCUUACUCAGGUUGUAACGCAGUUCAAGGAGCAAGGGAUAAACACUGAGUUGUAUUAUAAAAAUAAAGAAAUGGGGGAGACAUUCAGUAUUGUUCCGACGAGUGCGAUUAGUGGUGAAGGCAUCCCUGACAUGUUACUACUGCUAGUGCAAUGGGCUCAAAAAACUAUGGUCGAGAAACUUACUUACAGUAAUGAAGUGCAGUGUACUGUUUUGGAGGUUAAGGUUAUUGAAGGUCAUGGAACAACCAUUGAUGUGGUGUUAGUCAAUGGCGUGCUUCAUGAAGGAGAUCAAAUAGUUGUUUGUGGGAUGCAGGGACCAAUUGUUACAACAAUUCGAGCAUUAUUAACCCCCCAUCCAAUGAAGGAGCUCAGAGUCAAGGGAACUUAUCUGCAUCACAAAGAAAUCAAGGCUGCCCAGGGUAUCAAGAUUACUGGUCAGGGCCUUGAUCAUGCCAUUGCUGGAACUGCACUUUAUGUUGUGGGGCCUGAUGAUGAUUUGGAAGACAUCAAGGAAGCAGCCAUGGACGACAUGAGGUCAGUGAUGAGCCGGAUUGAUAAAAGCGGUGAAGGAGUUUAUGUUCAAGCAUCCACCCUUGGUUCUCUGGAGGCUUUGCUGGAGUUCUUGAAGACCCCAGAAGUAAAGAUACCUGUUAGUGGUAUAGGCAUAGGCCCCGUACAUAAGAGGGAUGUCAUGAAGUCAAGCGUCAUGCUAGAGAAGAAGAAAGAGUAUGCAACAAUUUUGGCUUUUGAUGUUAAAGUCACACCAGAGGCUCGGGAACUUGCAGAUGAACUUGGUGUCAAAAUAUUUAUUGCUGAUAUUAUAUAUCACUUAUUUGAUCAGUUCAAGGCCUAUAUUGAUAACCUCAAGGAGGAAAAGAAACGAGAAACCGCUGAAGAUGCAGUAUUUCCUUGUGUUCUUAAGAUUGUGCCAAAUUGCAUCUAUAACAAGAAAGAUCCCAUUAUUUUGGGAGUUGAUGUUCUUGAAGGAAUUAUCAAGGUUGGAACUCCAAUAUGUGUUCCCCAAAAGGAUUUCAUUGAUAUUGGGCGGAUCGCUUCUGUGGAGAACAACCAUAAGCCUCUGGACUAUGCCAAGAAAGGACAAAAUGUCGCUAUUAAGAUAGUUAGCAGUAGUUCUGAUGAACAGCAGAAGAUGUUUGGCAGGCAUUUUGAGCUUGAAGACGAGCUUGUCAGCCGAAUUUCUAGGACAUCAAUUGAUGUCCUUAAAGCUAAUUAUCGGGAUGACCUGUCCAAUGAAGAUUGGAGACUCCUGGUCAAAUUAAAAAACCUUUUCAAGAUUCAAUAG